AUGUUAGCAUCGGUUUCUCCAACAACUACCGACCAACCUCAGAAGGAGAAGUCUCAAGUCGGGAAAUGCCAACCAUUCUUGCAAGGUGAACAUGAAGAAUAUCAAUACUUAAGAUUAAUCCAACGAAUCAUGAAUGAGGGUAACUUCAAAGGGGAUAGAACAGGCACGGGGACCAAAUCAAUCUUUGGAGCUCAAAUGCGAUUUAGCUUACGUGAUAACCAAAUGCCACUACUGACAACAAAACGAACAUUUUGGAGGGGUAUAGCCGAGGAGCUAUUAUGGUUUGUCAAAGGGUCAACCAAUGCUAACCAACUCAAUGAAAAAGGUAUUAAAUUCUGGAACGCAAAUGGAUCGAGAGAGUUUCUAGAUUCAAGAGGAUUGCAUGAAAGGGAAGUUGGUGAUUUAGGACCUAUCUAUGGUUUUCAGUGGCGACAUUUCGGCGCAAAGUACACCAAUAUGCAUGCCGACUACACUGGACAAGGUGUAGAUCAACUUGCUGAAGUAAUACAUAAAAUUAAAACCAGUCCCAAUGACAGGCGUAUCAUCUUGUCUGCUUGGAAUCCUCCCGAUUUGCCAGAAAUGGCUUUGCCACCUUGUCAUGCCUUUGUGCAAUUUUAUGUAUGUGAUGGUCGAUUAUCAUGUCAACUGUAUCAAAGAUCUGGAGAUAUGGGUUUAGGAGUUCCAUUCAAUAUUGCUAGUUACUCAUUGCUAACGCAUAUGAUUGCACAUAUUUGCGAUUUGGAGGCUGAAGAUUUUGUUCAUACUAUUGGUGACGCUCAUGUUUAUCUAAAUCAUUUUGAUGCUUUACAGGAACAGUUGAUGCGAGAACCGAAAAAGUUUCCCAAACUUAAUUUUAAAAGGAAGAUUUCAGAUAUAGACGAUUUUAAAUAUGAAGAUUUCGAGCUGCAAGACUACCAAUUUCAUCCAACUAUUAAGAUGGAUAUGGCCGUUUAA